AUGCCUGGAACAGCUCUUCUUGAUUCGAAGAUUGUUCUGUGCAAGUUGUCCCCUGGACUUGGAGGAGCCAUGGAGGAUUUUGCUGUGGUGAAUAUUGUAGAGGGUUCCAUUGGACUUGUCCAUCCUGAUCAAGCCGGAGAAUUCUAUGACUUGAUGCACUCUUACCUUUCUAAAGUUGGAAUUACAGCAUUCAAAGUGGAUGUGAUUCAAAUUAUGGAGGUAGGGUGGAGCUUGCGAAAAGGGCUGUCAAAAUCCCUUGCCCAGAAUUUCAAUGGAAUUGGACUGAUAUCCAGUAUGCAACAAUGCAAUGACUUCUUUUUACUCGGAACUCAGGAGAUAUCUAUGGGAAGAGUUGGGGAUGACUUCUGGUACCAAGAUCCUAAUGGUGAUCCAAUGGGAGUAUGUUGGUCACAAGGUGUCCAUAUGAUCCAUUGUGCCUAUAACAGCAUGUGGAUGGGUCAGUUUAUACAACCAGAUUGGGACAUGUUUCAAUCGGACCAUCUGUGCAAAAAUUCCAUGCUGGAUCUCGGGCUAUCUGUGAGGGGCCGGUGUGCUGGACGGGAUCCCAAGGAGAAAAGGAUAAAGGGCUACUCCCAUUGUUACACGCCAAUUUCUGGUUCUGUUCAUGUGAGUGACAUUGAAUGGGAUCAGAAAAAGGAUGCAACUGAAAUGGGAAAAGUAGAAGAAUAUGCAGUAUAUUUGAGUGAGUCUGAUAAACUACUAGUGAAAAUGCGGAUUUGA